AUUCAGUGACGCUGAAAACGGACGUGUCACAAACCGAGUCGGUAGAGCUGCGUUAAUGUCAUCAAUAAAUGUCGGAUCAUCCGCAUUCAGUCUUCCUGCAAAGCUGUUUAGCGUCAACAAUGACGGCGUUAAAGUUCCUCGCAAUUUCCGGCUCCUGGAAGAGCUGGAGGAAGGUCAGAAGGGUGUGGGAGAUGGAACAGUGAGCUGGGGUCUGGAGGAUGAUGAUGACAUGACCUUAACACGAUGGAGAGGAGUGAUCCUCGGCCCUCCAAGGACAAGCUAUGAAAACAGGAUGUACAAUCUGAAAGUUGAAUGUGGGCCAGGAUACCCAGAGUCACCCCCGUUUGUCAGAUUUGUGACGAAGAUAAACUUGAAUGGCGUGCACACCUCCAACGGUGUGGUUGACAUGCAUGCAGUGAACGCGCUGGCCAAGUGGCAGAACUGCUACAGUAUCCGGAUGGUGCUGCUGGAGCUGCGACGGCUCAUGACCUGCAAGGAAAACAUGAAGCUUCCUCAGCCACCAGAGGGCCAGAUCUACACCAACUGAGCCCCGUGCUACUUUUGCCUCCAUCUUUUUCCUCCUCAUUCCCCGACCCUCUGUCUCCCUCUGUUUUGCUUUCAUCCCUUUAUCCCCCCAUCCUCUGUCAUGUGACAUUCCACCUCCCGCCAACACCUUUGCUGAGCGCAGACACACACUCACACACACACAGACAGCAGAAGACUGAAGAACACAAUAGCAAAUACAUGCAGUCACACAUGCACACACACUCUGCAUACACACACACACUUAUUGAGCAGUCAUGAAAGUCAUUCCAGGCCCUGGCCCCUUCCCUCUCCCAUCACUGGAGCUCUGGGUGGACUGGAGUCGCCAGUCCACACCAGAUACGAUCAUUCGAAUACUGUACAUCUUACUAAUCUUUUUUUAUUAUUAUUUGUUAAAAAUGCAGAUUGUACAAUAACAUAAAUAAUCUUAUUGAGUGUA